AAUACAAGCCAGGAACGCAACUCAACCAGCAUGCGUCGUAAGCCCGCUGCCUCGCCCUCAACGCAUCAGUCGCGCAAUACAAGCCAGGAACGCAACUCAACCAGCAAACGUCGUAAGCCCCGUGACUCGCCCUCAACGCAUCAGUCGCGCAAUGCAAGCCAGGAACGCAACCCAACCAGCAUGCGUGGUGAGUCCGGUGCCUCGCCCUCAACGUAUCAGUCGCGCAAUACCAACCCGGAACGCAACUCAACCAGCAUGCGUGGUGAGUCCGGUGCCUCGCCCUCAACGCAUCAGUCGCGCAAUACAAGCCAGGAACGCAACUCAACCGGCAUGCGUGGUGAGUCCAGUGCCUCGCCCUCAACGUAUCAGUCGCGCAAUACCAACCCGGAACGCAACUCAACCGGCAUGCGUGGUGAGGUUACUCCGAACCCGUAUGGAAAAAGCAGCGUUGGAGGCAAUUGGAAUCACGGGGGGAAUGAAUUCGGAAUCGGUGACACUUCAGUUGCGGCUGCUGGCCUCAGUUACCUUGCGGUUCUCGCCGUGACCAUCGCCGUGGCGAUAGCGCCUCUCUGA